AUGGGUAAUAGCCAAGUCGCGAAAGCUGAAGUAAGUUUCUCACCACAUUAUUCAAGUGCUGUAAAUGGUCAAAUAGGGGCCUCAUGCAAUGCAUUUAAUAACACUUUUCAACAUAAAAGCAAAAAUUACUGGACUAAUUUUACACCACCUUGUCAAUAUCUUGUUCGUUAUUUACAUGAAAUAAAGGAUAAAAGCGAAUAUGAUAGAAAACCAUAUUGUAAUUUUUUUAUCUAUGAACUAAAACGUGAAGUAAAGAAUAAAAAUCCUAAUUUUCAGAGGUUUGAUAAGGUUCACGAAGAACUCAUAAAAUCAUACAAAAAUACAGGCGUAAACGGACUUGAUGUAUGUAAAGAAUAUGUAUCAUUAAUGGAUGAUAAUGUAUAUGAUAUGUUCAAUCUGUUUGAUGAAUUAUAUAAGGAUUUUAAAGAAUUUAAAAACCAGAACAAGCACAAGGACAAUUACUUUUACUCAUGUGUAAAAAAAUAUGAAGAAAUUAUUAAUAAAUAUAAAGAAAAAAAUAAUAAGUUUAACAAUACUAUUGAGGACGAAUUGGAAAAAUUCAAAUGUGAUUUUCAUACCUAUUUGCAAGACAAAAAUACUUACACAUGUGAAGAAGUAAAAUCGAAUUGUUCUUUGAUGAUACCUCCAAAAUGCAGGACGAAUGUAGAAGAAUUAUCAGGAGAUACUGCAUCUGCGGUGACGUGGACAAGCACGGGUUUUUUAUUUUUUGCAAUAUUAAUAAUUAUUUUCAUCUUGUAUAAUUAUACUGCUUGUAGUUCAUACUUACGACCAAGGAAAAGAAAGUUAAAAAAUAUACGGAAUAGAAAAUAUAAAAAACAUUAUGAAUUAAUGAAUUUAUUUGAAGAGUCACGUAAAAAUAAAAUUAAAAAUAAACACAAUAUAUUAUAUAACUCAGUACAAUAG